GUGGAUUUUCUAAUUACAACAGAUCUUGCUGCACGAGGUCUGGAUAUAUCAAGUGUUGAAACAGUCAUCAAUUUUGUGUGCCCACAAAAUAUUGAAAGUUAUAUUCAUAGAGUGGGUCGCACCGCUAGAGCAGGGAGAAAAGGGCGUCCAGCUACAAAAAAAUCAAUAAAUUUUUUUAGUAAGCUAAAAUUCUCAAGAGGUCACCCAUCUUCUUAACUCUGGAGUUUUAUCAAUUGGGCUACGGAAUAGAUAUGCAUAUUGUUGAUAUGAAUAAUGUUAAAAGUGUUUGCUUUGGAAGGGGGCUGAAGAAGCGAGUUGUCGCUUCGGAAUAAAUAGAAAUGUGGUCUGAAACAAUUGAGCAAAUGAAAAAGGCAGUAGGAUGGAUAAGGAAAAAAGAACGAGAAGAAUGUGAACGUGAGAAAAGGAUUAAGGAGAAAAAGAAGCAUGUAGCUGCGGCAGCAAAGGAAGAAGCUAUUGCCAAUAUGAAGUUGAUUAACGCAAAGGAAAAAGAAGAAAAGAAGAAAGUAAAGAAGGAAGAGAAGAAGAAGAAACAAGAGGAGGAGAAAAAAUUGACGAGGAGGAAACGAAGGAAGUUGGAGGCAAGAAAAGAGAGAGAGAUUAGAAUUGGGAAUUCCCUUUUAAGGGAGCCAAAGGCAUCAUAUCAGCAUAUCAAAUGAAAGAGGGAGGACUCGCUGCGUGUGCCACAUGAAUACGUAUGUGUAUAUAUAUACAUAUAUAAGCGAAAAGGAGGAAGAAAUGGAUGGUGAUGGUGAUGGUGAUGGUGCAAGAAAUUAAUUAGAAAGAAAAUCACAUCUCAUAACCACAAUAUCAUCUAUAAAUGCAAUUUUGAAGCUGCUAAUGUUAAUUAGUUUAGAUAGACUUGUUAGAUAUAAUUAAUGGUUGGUUGGUUUGUUUCAAUUCGUUGUGGUUUAUUAUUAAUAUUUGCUUUUGAUUCGAG